ACAUACCCCACAGUUUUUUUUCUUUAUUUUAUUUUAUUUUACUCUUCUUCUUCCUCCAAUUUGAAGCCAUGGAAAUUUUGCAGAAACACAGUUGGUUUCCUUUUCUGAGUUGAUUUUCUGAUCCCUUAAUUCAUUCUCUCUCUUUUACUUCUCAACUACACUCUUCCUCACUUUCAAUCCCUUCGUUUGUUGUUCACCUUUCCCCUUCAGUUCAAACAAAACUCCCACUCCCACUCCCUCUCCCUCUCCCUCUCCCUCUCCCUCUCCCUCUCCCUCUCCCUCUUCUUCUUCUUCUACCACUUGCGCCUCUAUAUGGAUUUUCCAGGUUCUCUAUUGAUCAGAAUUCUCGCCUUUUUUCUUCUGUGGAUUUUGCUGUUCCAGGGAUUUGGAUCCGACGCUCAGCUUUUGCCUCAAUCCGAAGUAAAAAUUCUUCAAACAAUAUCUUCAAAACUAGAGAACUUAAGCUGGAAUGUAACUCGGAGUUCUUGCAUUCGAGGUGAAGGCUUUUCCAAUCAAGCUUUUCAGGGGAACCAAAUCUUGAGGAAUAUCUCAUGCAAUUGUACUUCCACUCUUUGUCAUGUGACAAUUGUCCUGCUUAAGGGUCUCAAUCUAACAGGAACUUUUCCAGCUGAAUUUGGUAAUCUUACUCAUCUGCAGGAACUUGAUCUUACUCGCAACCAUAUUAAUGGCCAGCUACCCAGUAGCCUUGCCAAUGCUCCUCUUGUCAAACUUUCUCUCUUGGGAAACAGGCUAAAUGGUUCAAUUCCCAAGGAAAUUGGUGACAUUGGCACCCUCGAAGAGCUGGUCUUGGAAGACAACCAGCUAACUGGAAGUCUACCUGCCAGCCUUGGAAAUCUGAACGGUUUGAAAAGACUGCUUCUGUCUGCAAACAACUUCACAGGAAAAAUACCAGACUCAUUUGGAAAAUUAACGAACUUGGUUGAUUUUAGAGUAGAUGGGAAUGGACUGUCUGGAAAGAUUCCUGAAUUUAUUGGGAAUUGGAUCAACCUUGACAGACUGGAUAUGCAAGGAACAUCGAUGGAAAAUCCCAUUCCUUCUACAAUAUCUCAACUGAAGAACCUGACUCAAUUGAGGAUAUCUGACUUGAAGGGAUCCUUUAUAAGUUUCCCCAAUUUGACAGAUAUGAUAAACAUGGAAGAAUUGGUCCUGAGGAACUGUUUAAUUAACGAUUCGAUCCCUGAGUAUAUUGGAGAAAUGAACAAAUUAUCUACUCUGGAUCUAAGCUUCAACCAUUUAAAUGGUGAAAUUCCUGAUACAUUUCAGAAUCUGAUGAAGAAAAAGAUAGACUUCAUGUUUCUGACAAACAACUCACUGAGUGGUGAAGUGCCCGGUUGGAUCUUGAGGAGCAAAAAGAACAUAGAUUUGUCUUACAACAAUUUUUCGGGGUCCACUCUUGCUAGUUGCCAACAAUCACCUGUGAACUUGAUUGCAAGUUACCCACCCGCCACAAAUCAUCAAGUUCCUUGGUGCCUCAAGAAAGACCUUCCAUGCUCGGGAGAAGCUGAAUACCAUUCCCUGUUUAUUAACUGUGGAGGAACUAGAGUGACGGCUGAUGGGCAUGAUUUUGAAGAGGACUUAACUACAGAAGGCAAAUCAAAUUUCUUUUCUGUUUCAGAAAAAUGGGCUUAUAGCAGUACAGGAGUUUUUUUGGGUGAUGAAAAUGCUGACUAUUUAGCUACAAAUAAGUUCGGCCUGAAUGUGAGUGGUCCACGCUAUUAUCAAAAUGCCCGACUUUCCCCUCUCUCCCUAAAAUAUUAUGGCCUUUGCCUGCGAAGCGGAAGCUACAAUGUGAAGCUCCACUUUGCUGAAAUUAUGUACUCUAAUGAUCAAACUUUUAGCAGCCUGGGAAAGCGUAUAUUUGAUAUAUCAAUUCAAGGAAAACUAGUGAAGAAGGAUUUCAAUAUUAUGGAGGCAGCUGGGGGAGUUGGUAAGAACUUCACAGUGGAAGAUAAAAAUGUUCUUGUCAAUGGCAGUACUCUUGAGAUUCAUCUAUAUUGGGCUGGUAAAGGAACCACAGCUGUGCCAGACAGAGGAGUUUAUGGUCCCCUUAUUUCUGCUAUCACAGUUACACCAAACUUUAAAAUCAAUGAGGGAGGACUAUCAUCUGGAGCACUUGCCGGCAUCAUAAUAGCUUCAUGUGUAGUAGUUAUCAUAUUGGUCCUAGUAUUUCUUUGGGUGAAAGGUUACAUAUUUAAGAAGGAAAACCUAGAUAAUGAACUUUCUGGCAUAGAUUUACAAACGGGUCAUUUUACCUUGAAACAAAUUAAAGCUGCCACCAACAAUUUUGAUCCUAAAAGUAAAAUAGGCGAAGGUGGAUUUGGGCCUGUCUACAAGGGUGUAUUAUCAGAUGGUGCUUUGAUUGCCGUGAAGCAACUCUCCUCGAAAUCGAAGCAAGGGAGCCGUGAGUUUGUUACUGAGAUUGGCAUGAUAUCUGCAUUGCAACACCCAAACCUUGUUAAGCUCUAUGGCUGCUGCGUUGAGGGAAACCAAUUGUUGCUUGUAUAUGAAUAUAUGGAAAACAAUAGCCUUGCUCGUGCACUUUUCGGUCGAGAGGAACAGCGGCUACACCUUGACUGGCGAACAAGGAAGAAGAUAUGCUUGGAGAUAGCUAGGGGAUUAGCUUACCUUCAUGAAGAAUCAAGGUUGAAAAUUGUUCAUAGAGACAUCAAGGCCACAAAUGUGCUGCUCGAUAAAGAUCUUAACGCUAAGAUUUCUGAUUUUGGUUUGGCUAAGCUUGAUGAAGAGGAAAACACCCACAUCAGUACACGAAUUGCUGGAACCAUUGGUUAUAUGGCCCCUGAGUAUGCAAUGAGAGGAUACUUGACCGACAAGGCAGAUGUUUACAGCUUUGGAAUAGUUGCCUUAGAGAUAGUUAGCGGGAAAAGUAACACAAAUUACCGGCCGAAAGAAGAGUUUGUUUAUCUUCUUGAUUGGGCCUAUGUAUUGGAAGAGCAAGGUAACCUUCUAGAACUAGUAGAUCCAGACCUUGGUUCAAAUUACUCAUCAGAGGAAGCAAUGAGGAUGCUGAACGUAGCUCUCUUAUGCACCAACCCAUCUCCAACUCUCAGACCAGCCAUGUCUUCUGUGGUGAGUAUGCUUGAAGGUAAGAUUGCAGUCCAAGCACCGAUCAUCAAGCGCACUUCUUCCGGCCAAGAUCCAAGGUUUAGAGCCUUCGAGAAGCUCUCACACGACAGUCGAUCACAGAUUUCAAGCUCAACCGCAUCUGAUGCUGAGCCUCAAAAAAGUAUGUUAAUGGAUGGGCCAUGUCCUGAUUCUUCAGUGUCUAUUGAUACCAAUGGCAAUAAUCACUACCAUUCUGCAUCGCGUGAUCCCGUUGAGAAUCAUCGUCGUGUGGAUAAUUUGAAGGAGUCACCUAAUUAAUUCUACCAAACAAUUGUUAUUUACUUAUCUUUUGCAGGCUAUGUGUUAAUUGAAGUGAUUUAUGAUUCUUUGUACAAAGGUAAGGAAAUACUCUCUGGAAUUGGUUCUUUUUGGCAGCACACUUGUGUGCAUUCUGCAGCGUACCAUGUUGAACUUUAGCCGUGUCCUGGUAGAACAAUUGUACUAUAAACAAUUUAAAUUAUAUUGGAAAAUUUGAUCAUUCUAAAA